AUGAUUUGGACGAAUAGUCAAAUGUGCAGUCUUCCAGACGACUGCAAGAUUCCAUUAUACUUAGGUAUGAUGGAUAACUCAGUCAAAGCAGUCGUAGUAACUAAAAAUUCCAAUGUUUCAAUCUUCGAUAAAUUGUUUCCCACUGUAAAUAGUGGUGAUUUGAAUUACCUUUACAAUGGCAAACUGUUAGAUAAAAGAUUAAGCAUACAGCUACAGGACAUUAAUCCCAAAGAUUUAAUUAUUGCCAUCCGUGGGGCAAAUGAUUUCGAGAUAUACUUUAAGAAACCGCAACAAGUUAAGGAGAUGCUCGACAUUGCAGUGAUGAAUUCAAAAGAAAGAGUAGGACAUAAAGUUGAUUUCAUAUCUAAUGGGCAAAUACGCCAAGAAUCAUUAAGACUACGUGACCUACAGUUUGCUAAAGCAGAACUUAGACCAAAGAUGAUUAAAACAAGAGUUCAAGAUAUAUUAAUUAAGAAAGAUGUUAAUAACCACACCGUAAUUCCAUUAACAUCAACCUUAUCUAAAACAGAAUUGCCCCGAUUCUGGUAA